UGGUCCGGUGGAGGGCCGUCUGCUAGCCGCUCAAUCAGCGGAGCAUGGGGGGGUCCCAGAGCGUCGCGGUACCGGGCGGAGGGACUGAAGGCUACCACGUCCUCAGAGUGCAAGAGAAUUCCCCCGGUCACUGUGCAGGACUGGAGCCCUUCUUUGAUUUCAUCAUUUCCAUUUGUGACACUAGACUGAACCAGGACAACGACGCCCUGAAGGAGCUGCUGAAGGUGAACGUGGAGAAGCCCAUCAAGGUGCAGCUGUACAGUAGCAAGACGCUGGCAGUGAGGGAGGCAACAGUCACACCCAGCAACCUGUGGGCCGGCCAGGGGCUUCUGGGAGUCAGCAUUCGCUUCUGCAGCUUUCAAGGAGCAAAUGAAAAUGUUUGGCAUGUUUUGGAGGUGGAGCCAAACUCCCCUGCAGCCCUGGCUGGUUUGAGGGCCCACGCCGACUACGUUAUAGGAGCCGACACAGUCAUGAACGAGAGUGAAGAUCUAUUCUCUGUGGUGGAAACCCAUGAAGGGAAGGAGCUGAAGCUGUACGUUUACAACACGGAUACAGACAACUGCCACGAGGUGGUCAUCACGCCCAACUGUGAUUGGGGCGGAGACGGCAGUCUAGGGUGUGGCAUUGGCUAUGGCUACCUGCACAGGAUACCUACACUGCCAUUUUUAGAGGGCAAGGGUGUCAGUUUCCCUGCACAGACUCCCAGUGAACCAGUUACUUCACCUAAAGAUGGCUUCACAGAGGUCCAUCUCUCUGCUGUCAUCCCAACCGUUCCUGUUGCCGUGUCUUCUUCUGCUUCCACUGGAUUAGCGCAGUCUCUCGCCGGUGUCAGCUCGAACCUGACCACGUUUGUGAGCAAUCUACAGACAGGUCUUCCACCGCUCUCCCUGCCAGGUGUAACUCGGCCUCGGCCUGACCUCGUUCUUCCGACCACCGCUGCUAACGCAUCUCCUGCUAUGACACUGCAUACCAGGACCACGUCUCCCUCCUCCACUAUCCAAAUGAACAGUUCACCGACCACAACCCCCAUCCCAUCAUCAGUGGCCACCUCUGAAUCAAUAAAUAUCACAAUGACUGCAGACUCAUUUUAGCAGAUUAAAGUCGUCAGCUGGCUCUUAACCCAAUAACUCCAUUAGCUGCACAACUCACUGGUCAAAUUAUUCCUAGUUACAGUUCGAGAAGCUCAAGUUCCUCGGGACACCUGAUCCAUGUGCUGUCGUCUCCUUAUGAAGCAUGACCGUGUCGGGCAGCGGUCCUGCAGCUUUACAGAAAACAAGUUUUGAAAUAGUGCAAUACUUAAUAGUAAAACAUGUGUUAACAAAUGUUGGCUUUUUGAACUUGGUUGAAAGACAAAGUGUAAAAUAUGUGGGGAAACUAUUAAACUGCAAGUCAGUUCCAUUAUUUUUGUUUUAGUGGUCAAAUUACUACAUAGCAUUUGAAAGGUCACAAUGGGAAUUUAUUUCCUGAACUACUCAUAUUUUUUGCAGCCCAUAAAAUCCUCAGCAAGUUUUUUGGUCCAGUCUAUUUCUUCCAGCUAGCUACAAUCAAAAUGACAGCAGUCCGUCUGACUGCCUCGACAGCGGUCAGUGAGAGCGUCUAUCAAGCUGCAACAAUGGGCUCAGGCCACACCGCUGAGAUUACACCUGCACCAAAUGGUCCCAAUCAGCAGAGGUUUACUACUUAACACAUUUAUAUUACAGCUCAGCCCCUCCAUGAGGAUCAGAGGAAAUGCAGAAAAAUAUUGCAAUCUACCACAAAAAAAGAGAAGAGUAAAGAAAAUUCCACCGUCACCCUUCCGUGGUUCUGUGAACAGCUUAGUCUUUAGGGAAGGUGGGGUAGUAAUUUAUACUACUGGGGAUUUUCCUUUGAAAAAGCACAUUUGCUUGCUGUAGCCAUUAAACAUCAACAUAUUUAGAUUUCAUGAAUCGAUAUUCAUACCUUAAUUAAACUGAUGUAUUUUCUCUCUCA